AUGAAUAAUUCUACGAUUUCUCAGAGCUUAUCGAUUGAUUCUACUGAAAAAAAUAAUUUCAUGUCAACGAGUGGAGUCGUUAGCUCUUUGGCAAUCUUCAAGGCUGUCUUGGCUGUCCUGGUUGCAGUGCUGUCCUUAGUCGGCAACACCAUCGUCAUCUUUGUGGUUUUUACCACCAAAAAAUUGCAUGCCAACACCUAUUUUCUCAUCGUAAACAUGAGUAUCAGCGAUUUGCUCUACACAGCUGUUGCCAUUGAGCCUUUUAUCGCCGGCAUUCUUGAACGCCCCUUCCCUUUUCGCGGUUCUUGGGGAACAUUCAUUUGCAAAUUUGUAAACGCGAUGGGGUUCGGUAUGAUUGCUAGCUCUGUAUUGACACUGGCAGCCAUCGCUUACGAUCGCUUCUUCGCCAUUGUUUUCCCACUGAAAAAUCUGAAGAAUAAGACUUAUCUAAAAUGGAUCGUCGCAUCAAUCUGGCUGUGUUCUGCCCUGGUUAUGUCGCCGAUGAUGUACGCCAUGCGGCUGCAUGAAGAUAACAAUACCUCUUACUGCUACGAAGACUGGUCGCCCUAUUUUGACACAGAUAUGGCCGCCAAAACAUACACUGUUAUAUUGUUUGUUGUAAUUUACUCGAUUCCGUUCCUGACCAUGUUCAUAUUUUACUCACUUAUGUCCUACAUUUUAUGGUUUCGUAAAAUCCCCGGCAUUUCUGACGAAAUCACCCGGCAGCGUAUUGUGUCAGGAAGACGCAAAGUGGUUCGAAUGCUCAUUUUUAUCCUUGUGUGUUUUAUACUAUGUUGGUUGCCACUACAAAUAUCCACUUUUUCUGUUUAUUUCGGCGACGCUGAAUUUCCUUUUGAAUUCUUCUUUGCCUGCGAAUUUUUGAUAAGAGCCAACGGGGCUAUUAACCCAAUUAUCUACGUUGUGUUCAAUGAAAAUUUUCGUCGUGGGUUUAAGAGAGUUCUGUACAUGGGUUGUAGGUCAAAAUUAAACGUUCCUAUUUAUGUUUCGGCAAAAACAAAUUUCCUCUCACUGACGAGCAGUAAACAAUCUAAUCAGGCCAGCUCUAACCAAAGGUUGCUGUAUUUAAGGGAGACAGUAGUAUAG